AUGUAUAACGUUUAUCGUAACAAAGUUAGAAAACUAUGUAAAUCUGCUCGUCAGUCCUACUACGAUAAGAAAAUCCUUAAUACCAGUGAAUCUAACCCAAAAAAAUGGUACGAUAACAUCAAGUCUAUUUCUGGUCUAUCUAAAUCGGAACCUUUUUCGAGCAUCUUCCAUGAUGGUGAGUUCAAAAGAGGUCCUGAGCUUGCUGAACUAAUUGCCGAAUCUUUCUGGCUGUUUCAAACGAAUUGGCCCCACUCUGUUUCAAUAAGCUUCACAUUACAUCUGUUCCUGAUGAGUACAUAAUAUCAACCCAACAAGUUGAAAUCGAAUUGGAAAAGAUCAGUCUUCAGAAAGCAAUUGGCCCAGACGAUAUCCCCAACUGGGUACUGAAAUGAGCUGCACCGUUGCUCGCUGGUCCAAUAUGUUCCAUCUUCAAUGCCAGCAUUGCACAAGGUUGCAUCCCGACACUCUGGAAAUCAGCAGACGUUAUCCCAGCGCCAAAAAUAUCUAAUCCCAAAUCAGUUGAUAGCGACCUAAGACCUAUUUCUCUCACACCGGUGCUGAGUAAAUUAUUGGAAAGCUUUGUUUUUCGGUGGCUUUUUGGUUAUAUUAAACUAUCAAUCGACCCGCUCCAGUUCGGAAAUAUGAAAAAUUGCUCCACCACACACGCGCUUAUCCACAUGAUCCAUAACUGGCUAGCCGAAUUAGAAAACCCUGGUUCAACUAUCAGAUGUUGUAUGAUUGACUUUUCGAAAGCCUUUGAUCGCAUCGAUCACAAUAUUUUACUUCAUAAAUUACAACAAUUCAACAUCCCUCCUAUCUUGUUGAAUUGGUGCACUGAGUUCCUGCAUGACCGAUAUUUACGUGUCAAGCUUGGCCAGAAUAAAUCAACAUGGCGACAAAUAAAUGCAGGGGUUCCACAAGGUACAAAACUUGGACCCCUCUUCUUCCUUGUGAUGAUAAAUGACUUGCAAACCAACACUCCAAUGUACAAAUAUGUCGAUGACUGCUCCACAUACGAAAUCGUUUCAAGAUCGUUCCCUACUUCAUCGCUUCAAGCUAAUAUAAACACUAUAAAUGACUGGACCAAUCACAACAACAUGCGGCUUAAUGUAUCUAAAACCAAAGAACUGCGUAUAUCCUUUCUUAGAGUCCCUAUGGUAUUCGAUGCCCUCUCGUCAUCUGGUUUAAACAUAGAAAUCGUCCAGACCUUCAAACUUCUGGGAGUGAUAAUAUCAUCGGAUCUUACCUGGAAUGUGCACAUUGAUUACAUCUGCACCAACGCAAGUAAACGUCUUUAUGCUCUAAGGAUCCUCAAACGAUCUGGUGCCCCAGCCAAUGAUUUAAUAACGGUCUUUUGUGCAUUUAUUCGUCCAGUUUUGGAAUACGCCUCACCUGUAUGGCAUUUUUCUCUCCCUCAAUUCCUCGCUGAUCAAAUCGAGAGUAUACAAAAACGUGCAUUGAAAAUCGCUUUCCCCCAGUCCUCCUAUACUACCUCACUAAGAAACACUGGCCUUCUUACACUUUACCAGCGAAGAGAGAAUCAGUGCUUGUCAUUCUAUAAGAAUAUCCAUCAACACUCAGACGAUAAGUUGAGAACGCUACUUCCCAGUGCUAUAUCUCUCAAAUUCAGUCUAAGAAAUAAACGCACUUAUCCUAUGUAUAAGUGCAAAACUGAACGAUAUAAGAACAGUUUUAUUCCAAAGUGUGUUAGAAACUGGGACCGACCAUGGACAUAACAAAAUAUUUUUUAGUACAUAUCAUUAAUAUAGUUUAUAUUAUAGUAGUUUUAAAUUGAACUUUUUGCAAAUUUAAAAAUUUUAAUACUAUCUAUGUAAUAUCACGUUAUUUAAAUUUUUAUUAAUUUACAAUGUGGUAAUUAUUAAAAUCAAUCAAUCAAUCAAUCAAUCAAUCAAUCAAUCAAUCAAUCAAUCAAUCAAUCAAUCAAUCAAUCAAUCAAUAAAGUUUCCAUUAUUAUUAUUAUUAUUAUUAUUAUUAUUAUUAUUAUUAUUAUUAUUAUUAUUAUUAUUAUUAUUAUACUACGUACUACAUAUUUUGCUGUAGAAAUAAAGAAUGGACAAAUCCCGAACUAAUGAACAUUUAAAGUAACUAUUUCUAUAAAUAAUUAACAAUUUUUGUAUAUAAAACUAUAAACACGUAUAAGUGAUUCAAGUAGUCAAUUGUAGGUUACCUCAAGAAGUGAGAUUUACAAUUGUAUAUAUCUAUAAAUGUUCUAUUAAUAAAGUUUUCAAUAUUAUUAUUAUUAUUAUUAUUAUUAUUAUUUUUUACAGUUCUACGCAAUGCCCUAAAAACAUCUCCAAACGAUUCAAUAAACGAACUGUGGAAGUCAACUAAUAAUCAUAUUAACAUUCAAUACGAUAGCUACAACUCAACUAAAGAAGUUUUAAAAACUUUCCAUUCUCAACAAGAAAAUAAACUUAGGAACAGUUUGAAAUGUCAAGGUUCCUUUUUCGAAAAUGUUUCUAAAUUCUCCCUAUCACAACUUAACGCAAUCUGGUCGGUAUCGCAAUCAAAGCUACCAAAGAACAUUUUCAACUUUACAAUAUCCCUUCCUACCCGAAAGAACCUCAAUAGAUGGGGAAUUUCAUCAAGUUCUGACUGCUCGUUCUGCUUACACCCUGAAUCACUUCUACACGUUGUUGCCGGUUGUCAACAUUACUUGAAACGAUUUACUUGGAGACACGAUUGCAUACUAAACUUUCUUGCAAAAACUUUUCAAAGUUUAAACAAAUGCAAAUUACAUGUUGAUCUUCCUGGAUUUGAAAGCCCCUCGAUUAUUACGGGAGAUGAAUAUCGUCCUGAUUUACUUGUCUCCACUUCAGACAAACACCUCUACGUUGUUGAACUUACCGUAGGCUUUGAAUCAAACCUCACAAACAAUGUUAACCGCAAGAAAGCUAAAUAUAAAGACCUAAUUAGAGAAUUGGAUCAAAACUUUACAUCCGUUAAAUUUAUAAAUCUUUCUGUCAGUUCGCUAGGGGUGUUUGACAAAGAAUGUCAUACAUUCAUAAAAAUGCUAAAUGAGUUAGGACUGGAUAAUCAACACCAACAAUAUUGUAUCAGAAUAAUUAUAUCUAUUGCCAUCCGAUCAACGUACUACAUAUUUUGCUGUAGAAAUAAAGAAUGGAUUAAUCCCGAACUAAUGAACAUUUAA